UGAGUGGUGAGUUGAGUAAGCUCAGACGCAAUUAGUUAUCUAUAUUUACAAUUUAAUUAUAUUCUUGGUCUUAUACGUUCAUUUUGUAACAUUGUGGCGGUACAUGUAUCCUGAACAUUUUGAUCUGUAAAAUUUCAAUCGACUAUAUCACCUGGUUGACAGUGAAGUGCUUCUGUAAUUUUAUUAUUAAUGUAGACAAUUUUCAGUGUUCUGCAACCUUGUGCAUGAUUGAGGCACCCGCACACUUGCAACUGAAAUGUGAGCAGUUGGGCGCGUGAACAGUGUGAACAAGAAGCAGCGCGCGGGUAUGUGGUGGCGCGCGCUCGCGCUCGUGGCCUGCGCCUGCGCCCUCGGGCUGCUGGCGCCGGUCCACGGCACCGUCGUCGUCUACACUCAGGACAUACCACACACAAUAGUGGACGAAUUCAGCGACCAGCCGGCGUCGUUCGGCGCGAAGCUGCCGGACGACGGGCUGCGGGGGCUGCUGGUGCGCGCCGAGCCGGCCGACGGCUGCGCGCCGCUGGCGCGCCCGCCGCCCGCCGACAACUUCACCGACAAGUGGAUCGUGCUCAUAGCCAGGUAUAACUGUACCUUCGAUGUGAAAAUCCGCAACGCGCAAGCGGCGGGAUACGACUGCGCCAUCGUGCACAACGUCAACUCCAGUGAACUCGAUACUAUGACCACGAAGCACCCGGCGGGCAUCGACAUACCGUCCGUGUUCGUGAGCGACAUUGCCGGCCUGGCACUCGGUGACUCCUACCUCUACAAUUGCGGCUACUACAUAAUGGUGAACGGCGCGCCCUUCGACAUCAACACACAGCUGCUGCUACCGUUCGCCAUCGUCGUCGCCAUUUGUCUCUUCAUCAUGAUCGGGUUAAUGAUAGCGAAGUGCGUCCGCGACCGUCGGCACGCGCGGCGGCGGCGGCUGCCGGCGCGCGCGCUGCGCAAGAUCCCCACGUGCAAGUUCAGCAAGGGCGACCCCUACGACACCUGCGCGAUCUGCCUCGACGACUACGUCGAGGGCGAGCGUCUGCGCGUGCUGCCCUGCGCACACGCGUACCACGCGAAGUGCAUCGACCCGUGGUUGACGCAGAGCCGGCGCGUGUGCCCCGUGUGCAAGCGGCGCGUGUUCGCGGCGGGCGAGCGCCGUGAGCGCCGCGCGCCGCUCUCCGACUCUGACAGCGACGACUCGCGCGACCCGCUCGUCACCAACACCACCGAGCCCACUCAGGGCGGCACGUUUGAGCCGCAGCGCGAGAACCCGUUCGUGCGCGCCGCGCGCUUCGUGACCCGCGCGCGCCGCUCGCAGCCACAGAACGAAGGACAGACUGACGAAGAAAACAAUACAGUGAGAGCUGAAGUUGAAAAUGAUGAAAACGAUGACACGGAGCCUCUGAUUCGGCCAUCGGCACCUGCGGACGGGCAAAGCACCUGGUACCUGUCCCGGUCGCGCCGCACCCGCCGACGUGCCGCCGCCGCCGAUCCGCCCGCCGACCCGCCCGCCGAGCCUGCGCCGCCCGCGGCCGCCCCGGCGCCGAUGCCGAUGCUGCUCGCCGCCGAACACUCCAUCAACACCGACACACAGUGCCGCGGCGAAAUCGGGGUCGCGGCCCUGCCCGCUCCACAAAACCAGCCCUCACAUAUUCAUUUAUGAAUGGCUUAAUUUACCUCUUAUGUGCUAUUGCACAGUAUCGUAUUGUAUAGUGCAUAUCUUAUUAGAUAUAGUAGUUUAUGUAACUGCUUCAUAAUGAAAGACCUAAUUUUGUACAGUUACGUACACUGCUUUAUCUACAAACAUAUUAUAAACUUUCUAUGAUAUAAUCACUAACCUCAUAUUACAGCCGACAUUGGGGCAUAGUUGUUCUCUGGCGGAAUUCGCGGAUAUGAGGUGGCUUCUCCGAAAUAUCUUUAUCGCACAUAUUACACGAAACAACAAAACAAAUUUAUUUUUUUAUUUACAAACUAAUUAAAAGAUAAACUGCACGUUAAAUGGCAGCAAAGAAAACUUUUUUCACGCAUGUCACGUAUCCGUAGUUUUUUUUAAUUCAGAGACAAACUAGAGUGGGGGUCGAUUGCCAUAUCGUUCGAUACCAACUAACAAGCGAGGUUUGUCAAAAUUGUAUGCAAUUGACAUUUCAUUUCAAUUAAAACGUCAUCCCGACUGAUAUUAAAAAAUAAAGGUCAAAUGAGGUCAAAUCAGUCGAUCGACAUCGAUGUUAUUAUUUAGCAAUAAUAGCAUUUUCACAAAUACAAAAUUUGCUGUAACAAAACAGUUUAUAAAUAGGGCUGAUAUGUACAACAGUAUAAAGGUCCUGUAAAAUAAUAAAUAAAUAAAUAAACAGUUUAUCUUAAUGUUGGCCAUUAUUUAUGGAUUUUGAAGGCAUCAUAGAGAGUUUAUGGUAUGGUUAUGAUAUGUGUGUAGAUAAAAUCCUUAUUUUAACAUAUGAACGUCGAAAACUCAUCGAGAUUAAAUCAAGUUAACAACUGUAUGUCAUAUUUAGCUUGGUUAAAUUGACAAUUAAAAUUCUUUAGGCCUUAAAUGUCGUUCAAGGCAGCACGACAGUUCAUGGCUCCCAGGUUUAAUAAUGUUAUCAUGUAUAUAUAUUUAAAUAGGUAUUUAGUUUGCUUUCCGAUAUCCCUAAAGACAAUUCCUGAUUUCUCCUCAUAUUUAAAUUUUAAGCUUUCUUAUGUACUAUCAAAUUAUUAUUGACCUAUCUUUAUUUGUUGUCAUAAGUACAUCUAUUUCCUACGAUUUAAAUAGCAGAUAAUUAGGACAUCUUAGUAUUAAUUUAAAUUCGUUGUAUGACGUAAUUUAAAUUCUCAGAAUUGAAUUUGCUCAAUGAUAUAACCGUCCGCCAGUGGUGGCGUUGAUACAACAAAAAUACUAUAGUCCGAGUCGAAAACAUAGACGUAGCUCAACGCGGGCUCCCACCACGCCCACGCCCACGCCGCGAGCAAGAGGCCAAACCAUCCUAAUUGACUGGUAAACCCUCUUUUGGAAAAAAAUAUUUCAGCCACUUGACACAUUCUAAAUUAUCUUAGAUUAAUAAUGUUUAAUUUAAAAUGAGGUUUCCUUGUAGCAGGGCAAGCGUAAUACCAGUUAAAUAUCACGUUGUGUACACACGAUAAACACUAGUACGGUAACGGGGCAGGUUUUGACAAAAGUUGACCAGCUUAACGUUUAAUGGUAUAAAACUUUAGUGUUUUCGUCAAUCACGAAACUUAUCAGUACAUGGGGCCUAGCCAAGAUAACAAUCGUUGAUAUAAAACUGAGAGGACCCCAGGAACCGACGCGUGUCGCUAUCCUUCAAAGUAAAUAAAUAACUGCUAUGCCCCCAGGAACAGGAGCCGACGCGUGUCGCUAUUCUUCAAAGUAAAUAAAUAACUGCCAGGCCCCCAGGAACAGGAACCGACGCGUGUCUCUAGCCUUCAAAGUAAAUAAAUAACUGCUAGGCCCCCAGGAACAGGAACCGACGCGUGUCGCUAGCCUUCAAAGUAAAUAAAUAACUGCUAGGCCCCCAAGAACAGGAACCGACGCGUGUCGCUAUCCUUCAAAGUGAACACGAAUGCCGUUAUUCACAAACGCAUUAUAAGCCUGAAUUAACUAUGAAUCGUUUGUCUUUAUCUGUCAUAUGUCAACUAAUUCAGGCUCGUAAGGUUUUAUAAAUAAGUGCAGGUUGUUUCAGGCCGCCUGUAGCAAUUAAAGAAGGAAAAUUGGCAUUCUCUAAAAGAGCCGCAGCGUCAUGUAAAAAAUGAACAAAUGGUAUAACCUCCUAACAAUAAUUUAAAUUAAUCAAGAAUGAGGCAUAAGUUGUGUGAAAGCUUGUUUCGAGGGAGUGCAAACUUCUAUUCAACUACAUAUACAAAACAAUGACAACUUGUAUAUAGGUAAAUAAAAUGUAUAUGCUGAAUGAUGUUGCACACUAUCUUUUGUUUUGAAUUCAUUUAAUUCCAGGACCUAAGUAUAGUGUACCAGUGUAAUUAUAAUUUUCAAUGGAAGGCCACCUCGGCACGACCUGCGGUAUUCGUGGUUAUACGAUUACUAGUAUUACGAGGGUUGAUCCGUAUGCACCACCCCUAACCCUCUUACAAUGAAACUACAUUCAAGAUUUAUUUUUUAUUUUUCUACAUAGUCUCUCUCAACACUAAUACACUUAUUCCAUCGGUGCUCCAGCAUUUCAAUAGCCUCCUGAAAAAAAAAUGUCCGACCUCUGAAAACCACUCCUCCACAACAGAUAUCACCUCUUGAUUGUCCAAAAAAAAAUUUCCACGUAAAAAUUCCUUCAAUUUUGGGAAUAGCCUGUAGUCGCUGGGGGCCAAGUCAGGCGAAUACGGUGGGUGCUCCACCAAUUCGAAGCCUGCUUGGUGUAUGGCAGCCUUAGCGACACAGGACGUAUGGACGGUAGCAUUGUCUUCCACUAAGACUUAGUGGAAGAGUACGCCACUUGUCAACUUGCCCCGGCGUUUCUCUUUAAUAGCCUCUCGCAAUUUUAGAAUUAAGUUUGCAUAAUAGGCCCCUGUAAUAGUAUCUCCCUUUUUCAAAUAGUCAGCCAGGAUUAUUCCUUGAGCAUCCCAGAAUACAGACAGCAUAACCUUUCCUGCAGACGAUGCCACUUUAAAUUUACGUGGUGGCGGAGAACCACUGUGUUUCCACUGCUUACUUUGAAUUUUAGUUUCGGGAUCAUAGUGAUGUACCCAAGACUCGUCCAUGAUUACGUAUCUAUGGUGAAAAUUAUCUUUAUUAGCUUGGUACAUAUCCAACAGACGCUAGCAAUUCAAUACUCUAUGUCUUUUCUGAUCAAUGGUCAACAUUCGUGGCACCCAUCUUAUUUAUUUUAUUUAUUUAUUUUAUUUUAAAAAUAGUUGUACAGCAUAACAGUAUGAAAUAUACAAAGUCACUGCAAAACUACAAACAAAUUAAAAACAAAAACAGGUAAACUAAUAAUAUUAUUAUACAAUAAGCACAUUCAAACUCUUGCACUGAUCUUGUUCAUACCCAAUUCUUUAGUAAGUAUCUGUUGCACUACAUGAUAUGACAAGCCAGUCUCUUCAACAAUUUGCCUGAUACGUAUUCGCCGGUUUUGUAAAACCAUAUCGUGAACUUUAUUAAUGUUUUCGUCUGGAGUGACCGUUACAGGUGGUCCACCGCCAUGUUGGUUUUCACAACUUGAUCUUCCGCACUUAAACUCUCGACACCAACGUUUCACUAUGUAAUAGGAUACUGCACACUCCCCUACAGUUGCCACAAUAUCUUGAUGGAUUUGAGUUGGUGUAAAAUAUUUUUUUGUAGAUAUUUUAUUACCGCCCUCUGCUCAACAAUAGUUAUUUGUGCAACAAGAGAGGAAAGUUGGUUUUUCUUGCGAGUGUUUAUUUUGAGUCCCGAGAAAGCGAAAGAUUCUAUAAUUGAAUCACGAGCGAAGCGAGUGAUUCUAAGGUAGAAUCUUGAGCGUAGCGAGGGACUCAAAAACACGAGAUGUAAAAUAACUUUGCUCUCGUGUUGCACACAUAAUUUUUCACCUCAGUAGUGAGAACAUAUUAAAGGUUAAAAUGUAUUUCGAAUUACACAGAAUAAACAGAAAAAAAAGUAUUAUAAUAUGUACGAUACGAUACGAGACGAGACCGGACCGGACCGAACCGGACCGGACCGGACCGUACCGUACCGUACCGUACCAUACCAUAAAAAAAAUGUAAUAAAAGUAUGAAGUUCAUGGCCUUCACUAAAUUAAAAAGCUACAUUGUUUCACUCCCUGGAGUGAGGAAAGUCGUACUUUCCUCACUCCAGGGAGUGACGAAAGUAGGCUUCUUCGAGCUGCUGAGGUGAAAAAUCCAUUUUCAUACAAAAAAACCACGACAACAAUUACAGUAAGCUGUAGCUCAAUAAUAGUUCGUCAUUUAAAAAUGUUUUAUUUUUUUUAAUAACCUCUAAAUGUCUAUAAACCUACAGCAAAAAGGUUUUAAUAACCAAGUGACAGCAAAGAGGUCAGGCGUGGUGCAUACGGAUCAACCCUCGUAUAUGUACGUUCAACCGAUAGAAAAUCGAUACCUUCAAUUGCCUUGAGCAUACAAAAAAAACUUAGGCCAUAAAAAAUAAUUGGUACUAAUCGGAUCAAUUAUGGGCCAAUCACAAAUGUAUAUUCUAAUUUCUGUAUCUGUUCCAGAUAUUUAAAAAUAUUGGCGAAAUAAAUGUUAUGUAGUCACAACCAUAUAUUUAUUAGGCUCCAUCUAUUAACAACUCACACUGCUCACACAACAUCUCAUUUUGUCACUAAGGAAUUUUAUUAGAACAAUUAUUAUUUAUCUACUGUUGACACUGUUUACGUUAUUGAUUAAGUAUAUACGGACAAGUGUAACUAACAGCUAUGAGAACAUAGCUGGAUUGAAAAUAUGAAACCGCACCGAUGAUGUCACCACUGAGCAGAAAACGUAUUAAAUCGAUAGCAUUCUGCGAAAGUGGACAGCCUGUUAAACAACGGUCCCCGACUUUGCUGUGGGUCCUCCUCCUUCGGUUUCCUCAUCACUGAGGGUCGUGGUCACUUCUAGGGAGCAGCUUCUCUUGGGCAAUUUGCCGCCACCUCUUUCUGUCUGUCGCCGAGUGUAGGGCACCAUGGAGCGUUACAUCAAGGGCUGAGCGAAUUUGGUCUGUCCACCGCAUUGGGCUCCUGCGUUCAAGUGGACAGCCUGUUAAACAACGGUCACCGACUUUGCUGUGGGUACAUGCCUCAUAAGUGAACAGCCCGUUAAAAAACGGUCCCCGACUUUGCUGUGGGUACAUCGAGCGCUCGAUGAAUGCUAUUUUUGAAAUACAAGCUAUACAAGUAUUGACCACUCGUUUUCAAUUAAAUAUAAUAUAUACUACUAACAAAGAUAGAUAUAACUCCGUAAUAGAUGGAUACAGUCUAAGGAAAAAACGUGCCUCGAAAAUCAAGAAAAUUUUAUUCUCGAUCAGAGGGCGCUACUAGCUUUGGCCUACUGUCGUAUAGAUGGCGUUGACGGUUUCGUUUGUCAUUUAACAAUUUUAACGCAUAUCAGUGAAAGAACAUGGGUCAAAAUCAUAAAAAUAAUUAAUGCAAAUAAAAAAAAAUCAUGUAUCCAUAUUUAAAUACAUUUUAUCGUAUUUUUAUAAAUCUUCAUUUUUAGUUUUAAAGUGUGACGACAGAUGGCAGUGAAUUUACUGGGGUUACAAAAUUUACUAUGACAGUACCGCUCUAGUAUAAGUUACUCUAUGCUACUAAUAAGUAGAAUUUAAAUGCCUAUUUAGAGUUAGACCAAGAUCAGUGCAACGAUUUUGAUAGCACACUCAGUGCAAGUGUUAUUCAUAAUUUCAUAGAAGUUUGAUGUUUAAAAUAACACUUGUACUGCGUGUGCCAUCAAAAUCGUUGCAGACUUAUCUCGAGGUAACUCUACUGGAAAUAAUAUUGAACGAAAUACACGAAAUCGAGCAGUCGAAAUUCAAUAAUCGGCCCCUUGAACUGAAAGUGUAAACUGUGUAAAGAACUGUCCUACAUAGAUCACGUAAAGUGACGCACGUCAAUACCGAACAUAGGGAUGUAUUCCGUGUAUAUGCAUAUACCGAGGCCCUGAAAACGUUAAUGCAAAUUUCUUUAUCUGCCUCUAUCGCUCGAAUGUGCAAGAACGAUAGAGAGGCAGAUAACGACAUUUCGUUUUUCGCGGUAGGUCCUCAGACCUCAAUCCCGUCACAGACGUACUGUCCGCGCGCGAAUUCCGUGCACGGCUGAGGAAUGUUGGGCAUCAUGACAGAGUUGUGUCAUUUUGUACGUACGGGCGCGGCGCAACCCCCCCCCCCCCCCCCCCCCCCACUUCCUCGACCUCGAUAGGGUAUUUGACUACUAAUCAAAUCAGUUUCUUUUUACGAACUGUCAAUAGUUAUUUGUUAUACAAGGGUGCAAAGUUGUAUUUUACCCGCGAGUGUGGAAUUGAAACACGAGCAAGCAAAAGCGAUCAGCGUAGCGAGUGUUUCAACACACGAGAAGUAAAAUACAUUUGCACCCGUGUGUAACACAAAACUUUUCACCUCACUAUAGCGAGGAAAGUGCAACAUCCACAGGCAUUAGAUCAUCUUCAUCGCUGGAAUCACUGAUUUUUUUACGAUAUUAUAACAAAAAACUGGAAAUUCUGUAUUUUUACGUGAGAAGUUUUUAAGUAAAAAUUUUGUUGACAAUGUUGACAUUUCUGACGUAUGAAAUGUCAAUGAUGCGUUUUGAAAUUGCAUCGACUAACUUGUGCGUUCAGAAUUAUAUUUAACAUCAUUAUUAAAAAACAAACGUUUCUAAUGGAAUUUUAAUGUUUAUGACUUAAAAUCAUUUCAAUAAAGCUAAAUUUGGUAUUUUUUAUUAGAUUCUCAAACCAUUUGUUUAAUGAUAAUUGAUAUCGAACGAACCAUUAUUAUGAGCGUUUUACGUUUUGUUAUCUGUCAAGCUACUUAAACACGCUCCACCCAAGGUCAAAUUACUUUCCCCACUAGUGGAUGCCCCGCUUGUUUUUUUGUUUUAAAGGAUAAAAGACAACUUUCCGAGCUAGUGAGGGAAAAAACGAUUUGCAACCAUGGAAUUUAUAUGAAAUACUGGCAUGUGACGUUACGAUCAAAUUAUAUACGAGUUUUAAAAUAGAAAUUAUGUCUAAAAAUAACUGCUAUCUACAAUUCUGUAUUAAUCUUCUGGUGCUUUAUUUCUUGCAUGGGGUAAAAUAAUUUAUUUUAAAUACAGUCAAAUACCCUAUUGGCGCGCGGACAGUAGGUAGCUUUAAUGUAUAUUAAUACACCAACAUAUUAUAUAUAGCUUUAUAGCCAGGCAUAUUACGAUAUAUUUUACGUAACUAAGUUGACAGAGUCCACUCACGCAGCUAUAGUAUAUUAUAUUAUUUGGUAUAUUAAUAUAUAACAAGGCAUCUUAAGAUACCUACCUUGCUAUAAAUAUAUAUUAUAGCUCGGUAUAUUACGAUAACCAAUAUAUAUAUAUAUAUAUAUAUAUAUAUAUAUAUAUCUCGUGCUGGCGAGUUUCCAAUAUAUAUACCACGCAUCUGAAGGGAAACGUGAAAGUAUUCGUGUUAACGAGUUUUAGUAUUUAUAGAUUCGAGGGCUUAGAGGUUCUUAUUCGUCAAAGAGGUUUCGAGUUACCGAGGUAAAAUUAAUGAAAAUUCGUAUUAGAGAGGUAAUUAACAUACGCAUAAAGUACGGUCUUAUUAUUAUCUUCGAGUUCCAGAGGUUUGUAAUAAAUAAUUUCAAGAUAUAGAGGUGAUACCUAUAAGAAGAUCUUAAGAUGCCUUGCUAUGAUAAAUAAUAUAAUUAUAUUUUGAUAUAUUAAUAUAUAUUAUAGCUAGUAGCUACGUUUGUGACGGGCUUUAUAGCCAAGGACCAAGGACGCGGGAAGCUCCGGCCCAAGUUGUACCUUCGAGUUGACUAUUCAACAGCUGAAGCCCAAUACACAGAUAAUUAAUUAAUUACUUACUAACAUUAAUUGUAUACAAUUUAAUUAGUAACCUUGGUACCUAAGUAGCUGUUAAAUAAAGGAGCAGUGUUUUGGGUGAGCUAAUAUUGAUGUAAAAAUAAACACACGUGUUACGCAAAUAUAUAUAAUAGAAUUUGGAAAUGUAACGGGAAUAAAGAUAAAAAAUAAUAAUUAGUAGUGAUUUUAUGUCGUGUCGUUCGAGAUUCGUUAUACAGAAAGACUGACUGACCUAAUUUUUUUUUUUUCAUUUCUCAUGCUCUGAAAGAGGGUCAUUGUUGUUCUAAAAGGUGUGCUGAAAAUGAUAAGUGUUUGCACUAGAGCAUUUUACAUUCAAAGUACGAUUUUUUUAAUUUUUUUACGAUAAGCAAUUGAAAUUUGAGUUUAUAUUUGACCUUUUCAUAAAUAACGAUACUUUUGUCUGAAUUGUUACUUGAAAGUACCCUCAAGAAAUACUAUAAAUACUAUUGUGCAACAAGAGUAUGAGAUAUACGGAUAUAACGAUUUGUAAAAUCCGUAGGUAAUGAUAUCUCAGAAUGGAUUGAUCGAUGAUGUUGGAUAUUUUCGCCGUCAGGUUGAUAUAUUCCUGAAUGAUUAGGUUCUUUUUUUGGAUGCGUAAUCAAGAAAUUAUGAAGAUUAAUUUAGUUUAGACUUAUUAAUAAUUCAUGAAACACAUUCAUUAUAACCUAUUUUCCAUAAAAACGAUUGUCUCUUUUUAAUCAGUUUUCUUAUCUCAUGUGAUAUGAAAUACGUUUCUUUAAUGUAAUAUUUUUGUUUAGUCAGUGAUGUCCUUUAUUUUAAAGAGUCCCUUGCAUAUUUAAUAUUACGAUGGGGCUUGGGAUGAUAAGCUUAAAUACUUUUAGGGUAUAACCAAAGAAAUAAAGUGGUUUGACACGA